CUCAGACAUCCAUCCCUGCGCUCGCCCGCCCGGACGAAAGCGAGAUCGAGAUGAGCCGUGGCGUCGUGUUCGAUCGCACUGAGGUCGUGCCGUCGAAAGGAAAAAAGCGGAGCCAGAGCCUGUAAUUUCAUCCGGCCGGCCGGCCUCCGCCGGCUGCUAUCUCCAUCGCUCCAUGACUGCAUCAUCAGUGACCUCACCAGCCACCACCAGAGCUGUGCCUGAUCCUGAUGUUCUUGCAUUGGGCCCCUUUCUUUCUCCAGCGAUCUUUGGGAAACGAGCCGAUCAAUCAUCACCCGUGAGGCCCCAUCUUGGCAGCAUAAAGAGACAGGGACGCGACGCGAAUUGGGGAAGAGGAAGAGACGGAGACGGGGGAGAGAAGAUGAGCAACGACGGUGCUGACGCUGUCCCCCUCCUGAGCCCCCACAAGAUGGGCAGGUUUGAUCUUUCCCACAGGGUGGUUCUUGCGCCACUAACUAGGCAGCGGUCCUACGGUAAUGUUCCUCAGCCUCAUGCCAUACUGUAUUAUCAGCAGAGAACAACUAAAGGAGGCCUUUUGAUCGCUGAGGCAACUGGAGUGUCUGACACUGCUCAAGGGUACAAGGAUACUCCUGGGAUUUGGACAAAGGAGCAAGUGCAAGCAUGGAAGCCAAUUGUAGAUGGGGUCCACGCGAAAGGAGGAAUAUUUUUCUGUCAGAUUUGGCACGUAGGGAGAGUCUCCAACUCCACUUUUCAGCCUAAUGGGCAGGCUCCAGUAUCGAGCACUGAUAAGCCGGUCAAUAGUGUACAUGUGGCUAAGUUCACACCUCCUAGACGAUUAGAGACUGGUGAAAUCCCUUUGAUCAUCAAUGAUUUCAGGAUAGCUGCCAGAAAUGCAAUUGAAGCUGGAUUCGAUGGUGUUGAAAUCCAUGGAGCUCAUGGUUACUUGAUUGACCAGUUUCUAAAGGACCAGGUCAAUGAUCGCACGGACAAAUAUGGUGGCAGCUUAGAGAACCGUUGCCGCUUUGCCCUAGAAAUUGUUGAAGCCGUAGUUGAUGAAAUUGGGCCUGAAAAGGUUGGGAUACGGCUUUCACCUUUUGCAAAUUAUUCAGGAGCAGCAGACUCAAACCCAGAAGCUCUAGGCCUGUAUAUGGCACAUGAACUGAAUAAACUUGGAAUCCUUUACUGCCAUGUGGUGGAGCCUCGGAAGGUAAAACUUGGUGAAAAUUUUGAAAACCCCUACAAUCUUGGUCCAAUGAGGGAUGCUUUCAAGGGAACAAUUAUUGUUGCUGGCAACUACAAUAGGAAGGAUGGGAAUAAUGCAAUCUCCAGUGGCUAUGCUGACUUGAUUGCAUAUGGGCGCUUGUUUUUGUCCAAUCCUGACUUGCCUCGGAGGUUUGAAAUUGAUGCUAGUCUCAACAAGUACAACAGUGAGACUUUCUACAUCCCUGAUCCAGUUAUCGGAUAUACUGACUACCCAUUUCUUUCGUCAGACAUCUAAAGGUCUAUGAUUGAAUAGCUACCUUCUGUUAGUAAUAUUAGAGGAGUAAGAUCGUUGAUCUGGAUUCUGGGAUCAUUAAUUGUACUAGUAAUACUCUUGUUCUUUUGCUGUUCAAAUUGGAAGAGGUUCUAGAGAUGAAAUUGGAUUGCUGGCAGCCCGGCAUGGCAGCCGAUUCAGCUGUGCAAGCUGUUGCUGGAUGAUUUGUGUCCACCUGGAGUAGUCCUGAACUGAAGUUAGGAACUGAUAUGGUGGCGACGCUCGUCAGCCUCCAGCUUCGGCGUGUGCCUGCGUCUAGCCUGGCUCAACCGCCUCCGCCUCCACAUGCCUGCGCAGCUCCUCGACCCCGCCCCCAUGCCGACCAGGAGAGCCGCGACAUCUUGGUUGGCUGUGUCGCUCGCCGUCGCACGUUUGUCCUGUUCAGCAGCUGCGCCUGCAAACCAUACCAGCUGGCAUCAUCAGUCUAAGACAAGGUUUGGAUGACAAACCAAAGGUGAAGAAAGUGGUGAACUAUAAAACGAGGUUAAAGUCGAUGGUAAAUAAAGAAUUUCUGUUUUUUUCUGUUCAGCAGCAAGGAAGGAAGCAAUGCCGUGGGUUCUCGUGGAUAAUAUCCGAGCGGAAGGACAAGCUUGGGUUUUGGCCGGCUUUAAGGUCAUUGGGUGUGAGCAUGAUGCUAGGUCGCAGACGUUUGAUGUGACGUAAUACGCUCAUUUUAUUUUUGGGCUAGUUCUCUUACUCAUCCGGGCGCUGACUAGAUGGUUUGGGAACCGGGUUUGUUCUCGCUCUUUUCACCUCUUAAUGAAAACAGCAAGAAAGAAAGCCACAUUUUUUUAGUGGCAAAUAAAGAAUUCUCUUGGCCA